UUUGGUCUCAUGACUGUUUGAAUUGACACACAGUAUCAUCCUUUGUUUGGUUUGGUUUGUUUGAGGCGACGUCAUUGUGUCAGGAGGGAAGCAGAUCUCCAGUGUCUCUUUACUCUGAGAAAGAAACUAACAUCCAUCUCCACACAACUUGCAUCAAGAUGAUUUUAUCAGUGCUUUUACUUUCCUUUAUGUUUUCUCUGACCACAGCAGCUACAGAAGUGGGUCUUAGUGGCAAAGUCCUGCUGUUCCCAUACGAGACAGAUUUCAGUUUUGUUAAACUGACCCCUAAGAAACCUCUCGCGCUUUCUGCGUUCACCCUCUGCAUGCGCAUCGCGACAGAGCUGCAGGGCGAGCGUCAAAUCAUCCUGUUCGCGUACCGCACACCCGACUAUGACGAGCUGAACGUGUGGAGAGAGAAAGACGGGCGCGUGUCCUUCUAUCUCAGCGGUGAUGGGGCGUUUUUCCACCUGCCUCCUCUUUCCACCUUCCGGGCUCACCUGUGCCUCACCUGGGCCUCGCGCAGUGGGCUCACCGCCUUUUGGGUGGACGGGAGGCGCACCGCGUUCCAGCUGUACAAAGCGGGUCACAGUAUCCGUCCGCGCGGCACCGCGCUUCUCGGUCAGGACGCGGACAAAUAUCUCGGUGACUUUGAGACGGUGCAGAGUUUUGCUGGUGAGCUCACGGAUCUGAACAUGUGGGAUUACGUCCUCACCGGGAGUCAGAUUAAAGCCCUGUAUUUAAACCACGCACAGCGCGUGCCCAACGGAAACGUGUUCGAAUGGAGCACCAUUGAAUAUGAGAUUCAUGGAAAUGUGUUGGUGGUGCAAGAUGAAUAAAUCACAGCACACAUUAACCAAGUGGAUCUCAACCUUAUUGACUUUAAGGCCCCCCAUUCUCCACAACAAUAUUUGAAACCCCUCACAAUUCCUUGGAAAAUAUUAUUUGAAUGCAUAUUUUAAAUAAUUUUAAGUACCUAAUCUUGAGGUUUGGCCCACUGGUUGAGAAACACUAACACACAAAAAAGUUAGAUAAGCUGUCACUGGGGCAGUACUAAGCCUACCUUUUAAAAAAUAUACCUUUGUGCAUACAGUAUUAUACCAUAGAGGUACAUAUUGGUACCAAAUUGAUAUAUAUCUGUACCCAAAUGAUUCAUAUUAGGACUUUUUAAAGGGCACCACCCCAAUGACAGCUUUGAACACAUACAACAAUGUGCAGUUAGUAUUAACAAAUAUUUAACAACAAUAAUAGAUUUAAAAAAAGAAGAUUUUCCAUUGAGAUACAUGGAGAUAUCCAGGAGAUGAAGUUCCUCAGAUUUUGUUUACUGCUGAUUUUAAUCCCCCACAAUCCACUGCAAACUGUGAUUCAACAUUUUCGUAUGUUGAUUGUCAUGUUUCAUCUAAAAAUGCAACAUAUUACAAGGAUAAAAUUGGUUUGACUUGUUUCAAACAUACAAUGUAAACAAGCCUGAUGCUUGCAUUAUUUUAACAGCAUAUAACAAUAUUGAACAUUUUUGUCAUGAUUUUAAAAAUUAAGGGGAAAUAGGGAAUGUACAGUAAACCUAACAAUUUAUUAACAUUUUAUUAAAAUAUGUAUGAGUAUAUGUUGAAAGUGUUAAGUUACUCAUGGGUAAGAUUGCAUUGUCUGAAUGUGACCACAAGAUGGCAGCACUAACCUAAAAUACUCAAGAUGCACUUUCAUGUAUUAAAACAGGAUCAAAACAGU